UCUUCCCCUUCCUCUUCCCUCUCCCCACUGUGUGAAAGAAAGGUUUCAACACUAAGCAAAGUUCUCCCCUUUUCUUUAUUGCCCUUCGUUUUCUCCCAUCUCCUCUUUUAUCUACUUUUCUCAUCUCUCUCGGCUCACCCUUUUCGAAAAGUCUCCAUCUUUCAUCAUCUCCUUUCCCCCAUAACAUUCUCCUCUGCAUAACCCUCUCUUCAAUCCUUUUUGUUCUCUUCUGGGUGUUUCUUUAAUUUAAUCAGCAGGGGUUCAAAAGGGUAGAAGGUUAUACUAGAAGAGAACAAGUGAAGAGUUAUGUGGGAGGAGAAACAGCCACUUAGAUCAUCUCCUUUCAGAGAAUCCCUCAAAGCCCUUGAAGCUGAUAUUCAACAUGCCAAUACCUUGGCAGCUUCUCUCCCGGGAGAUUAUGGUGGGGAUUGUGUACAGAUGAGGGUUUCAUACAGUCCAAUUGCUCCCUACCUUCUGUUCUUGGUUGAGUGGAUGGAUUACAGUUGUACUGAUGCUCUCCCGAGCUACUUAGGCCUGCUCCAUAUUCUUGUUUACAAGGUUUACAUUGAUGGAGUGCCGACUUUGUCUUCUAAAGAGAGGAAGGCUAGCCUAAGGGAGUUUUAUGCCAUUAUAUAUCCUUCACUCAGGCAGCUCGAAGGUCAGUUUGUGGAAUCAGAAGAUACCCACAAGAGAAGUCGGGGCAAUGAAGUCUUAACCAGGAAGAGAGCAGAGGACAGGAGAAGGCUAGCCGAUAAUAAUGAAUUCGAGCGAGAUGAUGAAUGUGGGAUAUGCAUGGAGAAUGGUGGGAAAAUGGUGUUACCAAAUUGUGGGCACUCCUUGUGCAUGAAUUGCUUCCACGAUUGGAACUCGAGAUCACAGUCCUGCCCGUUCUGCCGCGGCAGCCUCAAGAGAGUGAGGUCUAGAGACUUGUGGGCUCUAAUUACCAAUGGCGAGAUAGUCGAUGCUGCAACUCUAGCGAAAGAGAACCUUAGGCGUUUCUAUCUUUAUGUCGAGAAUCUUCCCCUUGUGAUGCCCGAGACCCAUGCCAUUCUGUUCGAUUAUAUGAUCUGACUCGGCACAGAACUACCAGCCAGCCAGCCGUGUGUACAUAGCAUAUGACCUGCCAUGGCUGUUGGAGACAUGUUCUUGGGGAGAGCUGUAUAUAUAGCUAACAGAAACUGCAUCAGAAAGCUUCAGUUUAACCAGGCUAUGAAGUUUCGACAUUGCAGCUUUGGAAGGAAGAUUGCCUAAGCAGUCCAAUCAAACCUGAAAAUUAUGCGGUUCUGUGGUGAAUGUGCAUUAACUGUGCUCAGUUGGAAGUUCUUUUCACUAACCAUUGUGGGAUGGUCUGCAAUGAACGGCCCAACCUGUUGGGCUGUGAGUCUGGUCCUUAUGAAGAUUUGGGUCUUGAUGGGCUUUUUAAUUUCUUAAAACAUACCCAAAUGGCCAUAUUAUAUUGGCCUAAGCUAAAUGGCUUUUUAUUUGGCACAGUUUAGCUGGUUAAACACUAUUAUCCACAAUCACAACUCACAAGGUUAUAGGAUUGAGAUAUGAUUAUGAGGGUUUAUUUUACUUUGUAGUUUGAACUCGAG